AUGCGCAGUCUGCCUGUAUCUCAUGUUAGUAGACCUGACACGGUGCAACUAUCAGGAACCACAACACUGAAAAAAUUGACAGCCAUCUACCACUGGACAGUCUCUGGUUUUGAUAUUUGUCCUGAGGAUGCUGUAAAUAUUGGGUCUCCUGUGUUUUCUCACCCAAAUUUGAGUAAAUGGUGCAUGGAACUUGAAAAUGACAACGGCAGACUGAUGAUGUGCUUCCGUCUUGUGGCUAGUGAUGAUUCUCUGCCUGUGAUGGCAACCCUUGAAGUUUUAGUGUCGUAUCGGGAUGGUACAAAACACAGUGUGUAUUCACUUGAAGACCACAAUCUUAAAGUAAACGAGAGAUCUUCUCUGCAGUGUCUGACGGACAACAUUAACACUGAAGAACUGGGUGACAACUGGAGUUUUGAAUGUGAAGUGUGCAUUGUAGAAGUGGUAGCAGAGGACACAACUGAGGAAGAUCUCGAGUCAGACGUGGCCAAGGAUCUGGAGCAGUUGAUGGACUCGAAAUUCUUAUCAGAUAUCACAUUGAGUGCUGGAGGGGUCCGGCUGGAUGCACACAGGGCGAUACUGUGUGCACGUAGCCCUGUUUUCAGAGCCAUGCUGAGUCACGACAUGAAGGAGGCUCUGGAAGGCCUCGUGGAGAUCUCUGACACUGAACCGCAAGUCGUGUCAGAGAUGUUGCGCUACAUGUACACAGACAAAGUACGUGUACCGAGUGAUGUGACAGAGCAGCUCUUGGUGGUCCUCGACAAGUAUGGGCUCCAGGAUGCCAAGUUGAGAUGUGAGAUGAAGCUGGCGAGACAAGUUACAGUAGACAGUGCUGCUGAUAUUGCUGCCCUUGCCAUUGCUCACACCUGCAGCUUCCUGCAAAAGGUGUGUGUGGCUUUCAUUAAGCAGAAUCUUGAGCAGGUGGUUGGCAGCAGAGGCUGGGCAAACAUCAUUGACAGGUAUCCUGAGGCUGUGAAGACCAUCUGUGAAUCGGUCACCGAAGGAUCAGAGAGGUGUUCAUCACCUGCUACAUCCGGUUCACAGUCAGGCGCCACCACAGUGAAUUCUCCAACUGCGGAGCUCACACCAGAACACCUCACUCCUGUGACACGGUCUGGGAGUUUGGACACUGUGAGGGACACGGGCUACACACACUGUGAAAGAAGAAAAGUGGUAUAUAUCUGGGAAGUUAAGGGCUUACUUAACUGGCCCAAGGGCAGAAAUUUUGUCUCUUCUGCACCUUUUUGGCAUCCUGAGACAAUUCAGUGGGAGCUGAGACUCUACAACUGUGGAAAAUACUAUUAUGUGAACUUAAAGCUGUUAGAAAAUAAAGCUGCUGGGGAUGUAAGGGUGACUGUAGAUCCCCAAAUCAAGUGGGAAUUAAUUAGUGUGAAAGACAUAAUCAUUAAAGAAGGGUCAGAGGGGAAACUUAAUUUUAUCUUUUCGAAAACUUUUGAGGACAUGUAUACAUUAAAAUAUGAAAUCAGUUUGGUGUGUGCAGUGCAGCAGUGUGGAGUAGCAGUUAAGCCAGCGCCGCAGUCUGAUCUCAAAAAGGAUCUGCAUUCCCUGCUAGAGUCUGGAAAUUCUGCAGAUUUUAAAUUGUGUACCGGGAAUGUGGAGACAGGAGCACACAGAGCGAUACUGGCGGCACGUAGCCCCUUCUUCGCCCGUGUGCUGCGGCUCGACUCUGAGGUGUCGAAGGAGAGCCAGUUGGAGGUCCCAGAUGUGAAGCCCGGAGUGUUGGCUGAGAUUCUGCAUUAUAUAUACACUGGAAGUGUGAAAAAUCUGGGUGACUCCACAGCAGAACUACUAGCGGCAGCUCACAGGUUUGAGCUUUGCGACCUGAAGAGAGAGUGUGCCACUCGUCUGUCAGGGCAGCUCACUGUGGAUAAUGCUGUCACUACAGCUGUCUGUGCCAUUGAGAACCAGUGCAGCGAAUUGUUAAACUCAUCUGUGGAGUUCAUCCGAUUACAUUUCAAGCAGGUGGUGGGCACCGCCAAGUGGAUUGAAGCCAUUGACACACACCCGGGAGCUCUCAAGGAAAUCAGUCAAUGGGUAGCAGCAGCUGGAAAGAACACACUGGUUUUUAAAACAUUUUGA